AUGAUAUCAUCUAAGAAUAACCAGUUUGAUCCAUCAUAUAUUGAAGCAUGGCAAAAAAAGCAAGCGGCACUUGCAUCAGCGUUCCGAUUGCUCUCAGAAGCAUGUAGCGCGGCAGCAAGAGAGCUGCAGGAUUUUAAUUUGCCGUCUUUUUUGUCUUUUCCUAGCGAACCGGCGAAAAAUGCAGCGACAACGCCAGUCGCAGUAGAAAACUCGGUAGUUUCAUCUCCAGAGAUUCAAAUGGCACAAGAAAAUGUUCAAGAUUUACAAAUAGAUUCUACGGAGAUAAAGAAGCGAAAAGUUCGUGAUCCAAACCAGCCUAAACGGCCAUUGAGUGCUUAUUUAUCAUUUCAAUUAAAAACACGCCAAGCAGUUAAAGAUAGCCUAGGAGAAACAGCAACACAGAAAGAAAUUCUUAGUGAAAUAGCAGAAAGAUGGUCUAAAUUAAAUGAUGAUGAAAGAAAGCCAUUUGAGGAAGAAGCAAGAAAAGCACGAGAACAAUAUGACAAAGAAAUGACUGCUUAUAAAUGUUCUUCGGAAUCUAAAAAUCAGGAAAAUCUACCUAAAAGUCAUGAAAAUCCAUCUAAAAGUCAGGAAAACCCACCUAAAAGUCAGGAAAAUCCACCUUUAAUAAAAGAAAGUGCAAUUGCUACACAUACGAAAGUACCAUCUAUACAAAAAGAUAAAGAAGAAAAUAAAGAAAGUUCAGUUGUCAUUUCUACUCCAAAAAAAGAAAAAGUGGUGGAAUCUGCCGAGAUACAUGAAAGUUCAAAAGAAAAGAAAAGAAAGCAUAAAAAAAAAAGUGAUGGACAACAUUCACAAGAGGAUACUUCUUCGACAAAAGAAGGAAAAAAAGAACGUAAAAAACAUAAAAAGAAAGAAGAAUAA